AUGACGACACUAGCAGCCUUGUUCAAGUCAUCCUUACCAUCAGAAACCCUAUCCAGCCUUCAAAAAGCACCUGCGAUCAAUGACCAGAUCAUCACCUUGCUUUUGGACAACAAAUGCUGCUUUCGAUGUGUUCUUCGGUUUCUUGGAGACCGGCAAUCCAAAACACAUCAAAUCAUGCCAAUGCAUACACUUCCAGCUACAGUGAAUGAUUCAAAUGCCGCACUGACUCGUCGCACUGCUAUUGCCAUGGAAGGUAUAGGUGCUGUGUUUACUGCCCAUACCUGCACCGACACUGAGAAAGAUGCCCAACCUGUCGAAACCAUGACUUCACCAUUGCGUGUACAAGGUAUUCCAAAAUGUGUUUGUCCAGCUUGUCUUGGGCUGCUUCAGAUCGACUAUAGCAGUUUAGCGACACAGGCUUAUCAAAAGUAUCUCAAUAAGCCUUAUAUUCGAAAUGAAAUGACAUUUUCUGUCUCAAAUCGUAUGCCUCCGCAGUUAUCUAUCAGGCAGAGAUCGAUUUCUCUUAUGAUUGAGAAAAUGCUCGCAUCAAUUAGCAGUACUACAAGUGACGAGAAAAUCGAUAUACCAACACCUAUCGAGGUCAAGGAAAUUUUUAAAAGUCUGAUAUGCGCUUCGUUUUCUCAAGAAUCUGGUAUGGUUUACGACGUCGAGAGUAAACUUUCACUGCAGUUGCAUUUGGAACAUCCAGCGACUGCCACUGAUUUUAUGUUUCUGACCAAGAUUCCUCAUGCAAAAUUCAAUGUCAAGACAACCAAACGAAAGGGCGUCAUGAUAUAUGCUGGUGCAUCUAUUGAAAAAAUUGCCAAAGCGGUUGCAUUGGCCAAAUAUGAAGACUUUUAUGCUCAUGAACAGAUUCCUCUUUCAGCAGUGGAUCAGCUGCCCAGCAUCUCCAAUCUUGAUUUCAAUCAUUCACAAAUCUACAUUGCAGGUAGAUACUGCAAGCUUCAGCGUGGAAUUUCCAACUCUCCAUGGAUAAUUGGAGGAAAACGAUUGACAGAACAUUCUGUUGAGGAACUUGUUGGAAGCCAUAUCGAUCUUUUUUUUGGUGUUUCAGAGCAUAAAUUUUCGUCUGCUGGUCGCGAGGAUGGAGACGUGCUUAUGCUUGGUACUGGACGGCCGUUUUAUUACGAGUUGAUUAAUCCGUAUAGAUGUGUUGCAACCGAGUCUGAGCUGGCCACUCUGCAACGUAAAAUCAAUGAUAGCAACAAAGACAUGGUAUCUGUACGUGACGUGCAAAUUGUAACUCGAGAAUCAACUUCAAUCAUGAAAGACUCUGCUUCGAGUAAAUCUAAAUCAUACAGCUGUGUAGUCGAGUUUUCCAAACCAGUGUCCAUGUUUAUUUUGGAUGAAAUUGCCAAACGAACCGAUAUUGCCGUGGCACAAAAGAAUCCGACGCGUGUGCCUCGUCGAGCAGAUCUUUUGCGACACAAGAUGAUCGAAACCAUUGAAUUUGUGCCUAUUGAAAUGAGUCUCAUGGAAGAUGACUCAGAGGGAGUAAAAACUGUUCGAGUGAAUAUGAAGACUUCAGCUGGUACGUAUGUCAAAGAGUUUGUUCACGGAGAUAAUGGACGGACUGAACCGUGUUUGGCAUCGUUGGUUGGAGUUGAAUCUGCAAAAGUGAUUGAAUUGGAUGUGCUGGAAAUUCAUUUGAGUUGGCCUCCAGCCAAACAUAGAGAAUAAACAAAGACCAAACGUUGC